GCCCGUUAGCGGAGGCGAAUGUGAACCUGGAUUGGCCCCUCGACGUACUGCCAUCCUUGCGUACGCUUGUGCUCGACAACGAACGCCACGGUUCGUUGGAUUGUGUGGAGCUGGUGCCGAAGAGUGUGUCGAACGACAUGGCAUGGCAACGGGGCUUCUUUUUCUCCAACUUGGUCUCGGGCCUGGCUGUUGCAAUGCUUUGAAGAAUUCAUUCCAGCUUUUCCCAUUCCCCAAUACCAAACCUUGGCCGCAGGCGCAAGGCUGAGAAUGGACCUUGAGGUAUCUCCGGCAGUUGCCGCAAUGGCCAUCCUCGUGUCUGCCCUUGGCACACUUCUCUUGUCCUUCGUUGGCUUCUAUAUAUUCCAGCGUCGCCGCAAGGCAAAGCAGCGAGAACAGGAUGACGAAAAGGAAGCUGGUGCGGCCCUUGAUAGGGCCGUCGUGAACUAUCUCGUCAGUGAGCUCCCCGUUCCGCAGAGCUCAUCGGCGCCAGGGCCGAGGCAGCAGCUUGGGUACGGAGUGACGAAUGCCCUGCGGACGAAUAUGGAGAGCGUGGCACUUUACGGGCCGCCUUGCUUUCCGCAAUCCUUAUAUGGCCCAUGCCCCCCGUUCUGCCCAAGCUCACCACACCUUACGACCUCGCCGCCGCCGCCAGAAGCACCACCACAGCCUCCAACUCAAGCCAUUUUGGCAAGAAACUCCAGCCCCAGUCCGGAAAUCAGUCGUACGGAGUUAUUGAGGACCUUUCAUCGAAGAACGGCAUCCUCACCGCCAUUGACGGACACCGAGGAGCGUGUAUACGGCGACAUUCUAGCGAGACCGAUCAAACGACAUAGCGUGACACCAUCGCCAAAAACACCCGGUUCCCAACCCCCUAUUAGGGGAGACGGCGUCGGCUGGCCUCUCACGAAUGAGUAUUGGCUAUGAGGAGGGGAGUAGGCGUGAUGCGGAUUCGACGCUGCCCGAUCCUAGUGGCUUCGGAGCUGGAUGUUUGUUCGCAGCAUUCGCAGGUACACGACGCCGGGGAUUU